UCUAAACCCCACAGCCGGCCUCCGAAGAGCAUUACGCACCAUUCACGACGAUUUCAUCCAUAUUCGCAUUGCAACCGCCAAUUUUCUUAGCAGACAUCCUCUGGGUUGGUCUGCCAAAGCGAAUCAGAAGUGGCAGGAGUACAUGAAAGAAAACCUUUCCGAUACUCUUGUCUCCCGAAACAACUCCUCAGUGCAAUUCAUCAUGAACGCUUAUUACUCCCGAAACUUGGCCUUUACUGGAAGGGAGGAUGUGUUUUUAGAUAUCAGCAAGACCCUGCAACUCGACUCUCCUGAACUCCCAGAUGGAUUGCGCUCCAUCGCAUUGUUUGGAUUGAGCGGCAUAGGCAAGACCGAGAUCGCCAUAGAAUUCGCAUAUCGCUAUAAAACACAUUAUUCCCAUGUUAUCUGGGUUUAUGCCGGGACAGAAGGGGAAAUGCGCUCUGACUUUGUUCGUAUAGCAGGAGACAUGAACAUGGAUCAGAGUGGUGGCUCUGAGCGUAAGGCCCUCGAGUUGGCGAUGAGGAGAUGGCUGAACACUACGUCCGAUCGUUGGCUCUUGGUAUUCGAUAAUGUGCAACAGAGGUCAGACAUCCUCCCUUAUUGGCCGCAAAGUUCCACCGGAAAUGUAAUCAUCACUUCGGAAAAGGCCUUGUAUGAGGGCCUCACAACUUUGCAACUUAGGAUAAACCCCUUCACACCGGAGGAAGGAAGCUCAUUUAUAUUGAACCAAAUGCAUCUUGAAAAUUCGUCAAAACGACAAGCUAAAAAGCUCUCAAAUGAGCUCUGUGGACACCCUCUAGCAAUUUCAGAGGUUGUAGAACGCGCGGUAGCCUCGCAUACGCGUUUGCCAGAUCUGUUGAAAAGAUUCCAAACUAGGCGUUGGAGGGUGGAGCGAUGGUCUGACAACUCCAACGUAUCUUGGAAGACUUACAAGCUUAUUCCGAAUACUGGCUGGGAAGCUGCCCUGGAAAGCCUACCACAAGACUCGAAAGAGCUGCUUUACAUUUUAGCAUUCCUCAAUCCACAUCGAGUGUCGCAAGAGUUUCUCCGAAAUGCACCUGGCGUUCUACCCACGAGGGAAGAUAUGUCCGAGGAUUUCAGCUUGACGAUGCAGAUAGCGGACCUAUCCAGGGGCAAUUUUGUCGAAAGAAACAUUGCCACAUCCAACUCAGUAAACCUGCGAAUGCAAAGAGCUCUUCGGCGUGCACUCUUGCGGAAGCUCGACAAGGAGCCCGCAGAGCGACAAAAGUAUUUCCACAAGGCAUACUUGCUCGUCAGAGCGUCGUUUCCACACCGUGACAUGACUUCCCGUUCCCUGCAGAAUGACGCGAUCUGGAGGGAGAACAUCCCGCAGGUGAUAAGUUUGCAGAGUUCAUUCGAGCGAUCCGAUCCUCCUAUCGCGUACAACAUGGAAUUCGCGGAAUUGCUAGCCGACGCUGGAAGCUUCUUAUGGGGACAACAGUUGAGUCAAGUUGCUAGAUCCGUACUGGAGCUUGGAGAGAAAAUAGCAUUGAAAGUGCUAAAUGAUGAUGAUCCGAGCCCAACCUUGGCUGCCAUCGAAAAUUAUCUGGGACUAAUUGAAGCACAUGGCAGUGUUGAUCAAAGAAAGAAAGGUGCAGAGCGCUUGAAAGUUGUUGUCAAGCUUCGUGAAAACAUCUUACGGUCUCUGCCGCCAGGCACAGCAACCAUUGAGCAACAGGUCGACGUCGGCAGAGCUUGGAACGAUUUGGCGUACUUCUAUGCCGACUUUGAAGAGUUUGAAGAGGCAGACGGGUGGAUGACAAAAUCUUUGGAUUUAUACAAAAGCCUUGGUGACGAAAAUACCCUACGCUUCCGGUUCUCACUGCAGUACAUCGAUAUGACUGUGGUCAGAUUUGGUCAAGGCCGGCUUGACGAAGCAUUGGCGUUGGCUAAUCAGGCUUGCUUCUUGUACAGAAGUGAACUAGGUUGGAAGAAUCUGGAGACUAUGAGAUUUGAGUCGCAGUGGGGUUAUCUGUUGAUCGGUGCCGGAAAGCUCGACGAAGCACUGAGAAAGUUUCAAGAGGUGCUACUCGUGCAAUCAGAGCUCUUGAAACUAGAAAACCCGGGCGUGCUGAAUACUAACUACUGGAUUGGUACAGUAUACUACUAUCUCAACCAGCUGGACGAGGCAGUCAAAUAUUUGCGCACCGCGGUCCAACACGGCACCAAUUCAGGAUUCAGCGAGACCGACUUGGCGAGGGCACAGUACAGGCUGGGGAUUGUUUUGUAUGCUCAGGGAUGCCGCGAAGAAGCCAUAUCGAUAGAAAAGGAAGUUAUUAGUUCAGUGUCAUCUGAAGAUCGCCCAGAGACGGGAGAUCAUGACAAAUGGAUGGCAUUCUUGGACAAACGGGUCUAUAUCCAGAACGGAAGAUCUACAGGACCGUUCAGAGGAAUCAGAACAGGCCCUUUCUGAUGCCAGAGUUACCUCCGUUGUCAAUGUAGUUCUAGUCACUUGCUGCAUGCCUUCUAGGUU